AUGGAGAUAGCGGCGUUGAUAGCGGUUUUGUUCAUUGAUUGGCUUGACAUGAUUUUGAUUUUGGCGCUGUUGUUUGGGAAUGCGACGAUAGCGUGGUGGGAGGAGCACAGUUCGGGCGGGGCGGUGAAGGCGCUGCAGAGUCAGUUGACGCCGAUGUGCAGGGCCUUUAGGGACGGGAGGUUGAUCAAGGACAUGUUGUCGGAGGAGUUGGUGCCGGGGGACGUGGUGGCGCUGAGGUUGGGCGACAUAGUGCCGGCGGAUUGUUAUUUGAUAGGGGGGGACGCGCGGGCGAAGAUAGACCAGUCGUCGUUGACGGGGGAGUCGAUUCCCGUGGACAAGAAGGAGGGGGAGGAGAUAUAUUCCGGGUCGAUAGUGAAGCAGGGGGAGGUGAGGGCGUUGGUGUACGCGACGGGGAAGAACACGUAUUACGGGAAGUCGUCGGAGUUGAUGAGCGAGCACCCGCAGAGGUCGCAGUUUCAGAGGGUGUUGCGUUCUAUAGCGUGGUUUUGCAUUUGUUUGAUAGUGGUGGGGAUGAUAGUGGAGUUGGGCGUGCAGUUUGGACACCGACACAAGACUUGCAGGGGGUUGAACAACUGUCACACGAUUAACAACUUGUUGGUGUUGAUAGUGGGGGGGAUUCCGGUGGCGAUGCCGACGAUAUUGUCGGUGAUGAUGGCGCUUGGCGCGCUGAAUUUGGCGAAGCAGAAGGCGAUAGUGGUGAGGUUGACGGCGGUGGAGGAGCUCGCGGGGAUGAACAUACUUUGUUCGGACAAGACUGGGACGUUGACGUUGAAUCGGCUGAGUACGGAUCGGCCCGUGAUAGUGAGCGAGGGGGUGGCGCCGCACGAGUUGAUGAAGUUCGCGGCGUUGUCCGCUCGCAGCGACAACAACGACGCGAUCGACAUGGCGCUGCUGGAUUAUUGUCCCGAGGAGAUGCGCAAGGAAUUGUCGCGGUACGAGGCGGUGGAGUACCACCCGUUUGACCCGGUCGACAAGUGGACGUACGUGAAGUUGCGGGGGCCCGACGGGGAGGUUUUUUACGUGGCGAAGGGCGCACCUCAGGUGAUUUUGUCCAGGAGCAGCAACGCGAACCAGGUGAAGGACAGGGUGAACGGCCAGAUAAUGAAGCUCGCCAAGCGGGGAUAUCGGGCGCUCGGGAUAGCGAAGGGGAGCAGCGACGGACAGCAUUGGACGAUGUUGGGUUUGGGUGCCGCUGUUCGACCCUCCCCGACAGGACACGAAGGAGACGAUCGAGAAGAUACUGGCGCUGGGCGUUUCGGUGAAGAUGGUGACGGGGGGACCAGCAGGCGAUUGCGACGGAGACGGCGAGACAGCUCGGGAUGA